AACGUGAUACCUUCUUUUCUCCUCUUCUCUAUCCCCUUUAGUUUCUUUGACCUUCUUUCCUCUUUUCUAUUUGCGGCCCCAACAUCACUAAUCCGAUUUUACAUGUGAAUCCUUCAUCACUUAACUUCAUCGGAUUCUCCAUUUGUUCCGCCGGAGAUAUCACAAAACGGACGGAUCUAUUCCGGGUUUGGGACAUGUGGCUCCUCAAUGAAGAUCGAAACAGCAACCUUGAGAUUUACUCUUCACCAUCAUCACCUCUCUAACAAACACUUUUCUUCUUCUUCUCUGUUCCUCUGCUCCGCCGCAACAAUGAACGACCAUAUCCACCGUGUUCCAGCUCUCAACGAGGAAGAGAUUGACUCUAUCGCCAUAAAAACAUUUGAGAGAUACGCAUUACCUUCUUCUUCCGUGAAAAGAAACAGAAAAGGAACCGCGAUUCUUUGGUUUAGAAACGAUCUUAGAGUUCUUGAUAACGACGCAUUGUACAAAGCUUGGUCUUCCUCUGAUACCCUUUUGCCUGUUUACUGUCUCGAUCCUCGUCUCUUUCACACUACUCAUUUCUUUAACUUCCCUAAAACUGGAGCUUUAAGAGGUGGUUUUCUUUUGGAAUGUUUGGUUGAUUUGAGAAAGAAUCUUAUGAAAAGAGGAUUGAAUCUUCUUAUUCGAAGUGGUAAACCUGAAGAGAUUCUUCCUUCUCUUGCUAAAGAUUUUGGAGCUCAUACAGUGUUUGCUCAUAAAGAAACGUGUAGUGAAGAGCUAGUUGUUGAAAGACUUGUGAAUCAAGGUUUGAAAAGAGUUGGAAAUGGUACUAAGCUUGAGCUCAUUUGGGGAAGUACUAUGUAUCACAAAGAUGAUCUUCCUUUUGAUGUUUUUGAUUUGCCUGAUGUUUACACUCAGUUUCGUAAGUCGGUGGAAGCCAAAUGUAGUAUCAGAAGCUCAACUCGCAUUCCACUUUCUCUAGGGCCAAUACCUUCUGUUGAUGAUUGGGGAGAUGUUCCAACUCUUGAGAAACUUGGAAUUGAGCCACAAGAGGUGACCCGAGGAAUGCGAUUUGUGGGUGGCGAAAGUGCAGGAGUAGGCAGAGUAUUUGAGUACUUUUGGAAGAAGGAUCUAUUGAAAGUAUAUAAAGAUACGAGAAACGGAAUGUUGGGACCUGAUUAUUCGACGAAAUUCUCACCAUGGCUUGCCUUUGGGUGUAUCUCUCCUCGUUUUAUAUAUGAAGAGGUCCAAAGAUAUGAAAAAGAAAGAGUAGCAAACAAUUCAACAUACUGGGUGUUAUUUGAAUUAAUAUGGAGGGACUACUUUAGGUUUCUUUCAAUUAAGUGUGGAAAUUCCCUCUUUCAUCUAGGUGGCCCGAGAAACGUGCAAGGGAAGUGGAGUCAAGAUCAGAAACUAUUUGAGUCUUGGAGAGAUGGCAAGACAGGGUAUCCUCUUAUAGAUGCAAACAUGAAGGAGUUAUACACUACAGGUUUCAUGUCAAAUAGAGGCCGACAGAUAGUUUGUUCGUUUCUUGUCCGGGACAUGGGGUUGGAUUGGCGCAUGGGUGCAGAAUGGUUUGAGACAUGUCUAUUAGACUAUGAUCCAUGUUCUAAUUAUGGAAACUGGACCUAUGGAGCAGGAGUUGGAAAUGAUCCCCGAGAAGACCGAUACUUCAGCAUUCCCAAGCAAGCACAAAACUAUGAUCCAGAAGGAGAAUACGUUGCGUUUUGGCUGCAGCAGCUACGCCGACUUCCGAAAGAGAAGAGACAUUGGCCAGGGAGAUUGAUGUAUAUGGACACAGUUGUACCAUUGAAGCAUGGUAAUGGUCAAAUGGCUGGAGGGUCCAAGUCUGGUGGUGGUUUCAGAGGGAGUCACAGUGGGAGACGUUCUAGACACAAUGUGAUAAUGGAUAGUGAGACGAAAGCAACCACCUUCAGCAAAUCAACGGGGCUUCCUCGGAAGAGAUUCUACAGAGCAAGAGCUCAUAGUAACCCACUUAGCGAUUCUCACUUCCCGAUCCCGAUUUCUCCUGCUCAUGUUGAUUUUUCGCUUCACUUCCCCAAAUUCGUUGAAGCUGACAACAAAACCUCCAAGAAGGUUGAGUUUGCGGAUAUCGGAUGCGGUUUUGGUGGCCUGCUAAUUUCCCUUGCGACGCUGUUCCCUGAUACACUAAUGAUCGGUAUGGAGUUGAGAGAUAAAGUGACGGAAUACGUUAAGGAACGGAUCUUAGCUUUAAGGAGAACGAGCUCGGAGGGACAGUACGAGAACAUCUCUGUUGUUAGGACAAACUCGAUGAAGUACAUUCCGAAUUAUUUUGAGAAAGGACAGCUUUCGAAGAUGUUUUUCCUCUUCCCUGAUCCACAUUUUAAGGAGAAGAAUCACAGGAGGAGAGUGAUUAGUACUCAUUUGUUAGAUGAGUAUGCUUAUGUUCUUAGAGCUGGUGGGAUUAUUUACACAAUCACUGAUGUGGAGGAGCUUGGAGAGUGGAUGAAGGCUUGCUUAGAGAAACAUCCGAUGUUUGAAUCUCUUACACAAGAAGAGCUUGAUUCAGAUCCUGUCGUCGAGCUUCUAUGCAAUGCUACUGAGGAAGGACAGAAAGUUGCCAGAAAUGGAGGACAGACUUUCAGAGCAGUUUUUAGACGCAUUGCAUAUGUUUCUUGAAUUCAGUCUUUCUCUUGGUAGUAAUCUUAUUGUUGUAACAAAAGCUUCUUUCUUAAUCUUAAAAUUUUGGGAUAGUGUUUACAGAAAUUUAGAAACUAUUGUUCUAUGAAGACAUCAUGAUGGAGAGUUAUGUUACCAUCUUGUUGUACAUGAUCCAAUCUUCAUAGCAAGAUUGUUAACUACACUACCAAUAUAAAGUUAUAAUGCAAUA